AAUCGCUUUAACCAGUAGACGAGAACUUAUCCAACAUGGAAGUCAAAACAAGAAAAUUUUCUUUUCAACAUCUCAAUUCAAAGAAAUUUUCUUCGAUAGACAGCAAAGAAAGUCAAGAAUCCUUUCUUAAAUGGUCUAUGAAAGGAAGAAUAUGUGCACAAAUGUACAGUUUUGACCAGUCAUUCCAAGCAUAUGAAAAGGACAGUUUUGUAAUGGACUUUUUAACAGAUCCAAAUGUCCUCCACACACUAAAAGUGGUAUCAUCAGAUGGUGGAUGGUCAACCCUUGGAGUAAAGGCUACCAGUGUAAAAGCAGAAAUUGUUCCUUGUACAGUAUUAUCAAUGUCAUUCUUUGACCGUAUUCAUAAUGAUGGUAUUGUGAGGGAGUCUGGAGCUAUACAGAAAUGUUUUGAUGAGUUUUAUGAAGACAUGGUUGUGUCAGAUGAACUCAGAAAGAUGUUACUGAUAGAUGACUCAGAUCACUACUGUUUAUAUAGUGACACAGAGAGAGAAGAACUUCUAUUUUGUAUAUUCAAACACAUUUGUAUUGGAGGGAAACUUUGUCAAUAUGAAGAUAAUGUUGAUCCUUACUUAGACAUCACAAAAAACAUAUAUAAAGAUUUGAUAAGUGUGCAGAAAAAUCCAGAAACUAAGGAGUUAAACAUAAUAUCGCAUGUGUUCAAAAUAUCAGCAAAGCAUGAAGAUUCUCAGAUCUACCCUACAGAUACAGAUCAUCAACAAACUUUUGCUUAUUUAGUAGUUGAUCCAUUUAAGAGACAUAUAUCAGUGUUUUAUCAUAGUUAUGGAAAUGGUGUUUUUGAAUAAAUGAAGUUGUUUUACCUUU